CGGUGUUGGUCCACCUACCCCGCCCUGCACCCGCUAGCGAGCGGUACAACUCCAACGAGAGGCCGAGCGGGGAAGGAACGGUGGUGGGCUGAAUCGAGAGCGAGACCCUCCUCUUUUGCCUCCCUACUCCAAGCCCCGACCUGUACUCCAUGGCGACCUCCUCUGCUCCUUCGAUCAACUCCGCCGUUUGCUCGUCUGGCAAUAUCUCCGUCGCCCCUCGCCGCUCCCUGUUUCCCGCUGCCGCUUCCUUACCUCUCCGCCGGCUUGACCUCCGUUCCAUGUCCUCGGUCCCCUCUGGUCGUUUCAAAGCGCCCGCCCCGAUCUCAGCUCGAAGCCGAUCCAGGAUCUCGGCGUGCGCCUCCGCGGUCAUGGAGGAGGCCACGAAGAGGGCCGAUUCUAGGGUAUCGACCGUCGUCGAUGUCGAUCUCGGGAGCCGGAGCUACCCGAUCUACAUCGGCUCUGGCCUGCUUGACGAACCCGAUCUGCUCCAGAGGCAUGUACACGGAAAGAGCGUCCUGGUGGUAACUAACACUACAAUCGCACCGCUGUAUCUUGACAAAGUCGUCAAAGCGUUGACUCAUGGAAAUCCGAAGGUUACAGUGGAGAGUGUGAUUCUUCCGGAUGGGGAGAAGUACAAGAAUAUGGAAACACUGAUGAAGGUCUUUGACAAGGCCAUAGAGUCUAGGAUGGAUCGUCGUUGUACAUUCGUGGCACUUGGUGGUGGUGUCAUCGGCGACAUGUGUGGCUUUGCUGCUGCUUCCUUUCUUCGUGGUGUUAACUUCAUUCAGAUUCCUACUACUCUAAUGGCUCAGGUCGAUUCGUCAGUUGGGGGGAAAACUGGAGUAAACCAUCCCCUUGGGAAGAAUUUGAUUGGUGCCUUUUACCAGCCACAAUGCGUGCUAAUAGAUACCGAUACUCUGAACACAUUGCCGGAUAGGGAAUUAGCAUCUGGCAUAGCUGAGGUUGUGAAGUACGGACUUAUUAGGGAUGCAGAGUUCUUUGAGUGGCAGGAAAAGAAUAUGCAAUCUCUAUUAGCAAGAGACCCAAGUGCCUUAGUAUAUGCUAUCAAGCGGUCUUGUGAAAACAAAGCUGAAGUUGUUUCCUUGGAUGAGAAGGAAAGUGGCAUGCGGGCAACCCUGAAUUUGGGACACACAUUUGGUCAUGCUAUAGAAACGGCCUUCGGCUAUGGGCAGUGGCUCCACGGCGAAGCAGUUGCAGCUGGAACGGUUAUGGCAGUGGAUAUGUCACAUCGCCUAGGUUGGAUUGAUGAUACUAUUGUGAAGCGUGUUUUUAGCAUCCUGCAGAAGGCCAAGCUUCCAACUCAACCCCCCGAGAUGAUGACUGUGGAGAAAUUUAAAUCUGUCAUGGCAGUGGAUAAGAAGGUGGCUGAUGGAUUGCUGAGGUUGAUCCUUUUGAAGGGUCCAUUGGGUAGCUGUGUCUUCACCGGUGACUAUGACCAGAGAGCACUGGAUGAAACUCUCCGAGCCUUCUCCAAGAACUGAUGGGUGGACUUGUUUGCAGUUGCAGUCACUUCCAUGGGGCCGUUUUUUGGUAAAUCGAAUCAGCUCUUGCAUCAAAAUGCUCGUCUGAGUAAAUUUGUUCGAACAUAAAUAAGUCUCCUUGUAGACAAUGUAUGAAAUAAUGUAUGUUUGUGUGUGUGAGAGAGAGGAGUAAUCAGAAGUAAUGUAUGACUUCUUGGUUACCACA